UUUACUUGACAACAUCGGCUGAUAGAAACGUGAUCAACUAAAUAAAACUUUGAUCGUUAUUUAUCAAAAUAUUGGAUUGGUACAAACCGUACUAAUAAUAAACUGUAGAGUAUUUUUCUAUGUAAAAACAGAAGUAGAUUUAGUUGUUCGGUAGUGUAGAUAUAAAUGGCUUCCGUACAACGUGACCAAUCAAAUGGAGGCACACAUCUUCAUCAGAUUCACUCAGCUACGGCUCAUGACUGGGAAGAAGACAAAAGAAAACAGAAUGAUUUUUGGGAUGAUGGAACAAUGUCUUUUUUCUGGAGAGCUCACACAAUAUCUGUAUUGGUGGUUUUUUCAUGUAUGUUAUUCUAUGUUGCGUUUUUGGAAGAUGUUGUUGAUGACGCUGAUUAUAAUACCAAAAGAGGCUUAUUGGCUGUUAUUUUCGCCUUCUUAUUAUUUGGUGUGACCCAGACACCUGAUGGGGUGUUUGUACGCCCCCAUCCAGCUUUCUGGCGACUUGUAUUGUGCCUCAGUAUUGUUUAUGAACUUGCCUUAGUUUUUCUGCUGUUUCAGACUGUUGAUACCGCUCGCCAUUUAUUAACUCACCUGGACCCAAGUCUCGGUCGACCUCUACCAGAAAAAAGUUAUGGUGCAAAAUGUGAUAUUUAUGAUUACUCAAACCCCAGUGACCCCUGGCAUAAUUUAAAGGAUAAGCUUGAUGGGUUUGUUCCAACACAUUUCUUUGGUUGGUGGCUAAAAACAUUGAUAUUGAGAGAUUGGUGGUUAUGUACAGUAUUAAGUAUAAUGUUUGAAGUUUUAGAAUACACAUUAGAACAUCAGUUACCUAACUUCAGUGAAUGUUGGUGGGAUCAUUGGAUAAUGGAUGCAUUAGUAUGUAACGGCCUGGGUAUAUAUCUAGGUAUGAAAACGUUACGAUAUUUAUCAAUGAAGCCUUAUCAUUGGAGAAGUAUGUGGAACAUGCCUACCUACAAGGGUAUGUUGAAACGUGUAGCUGCUCAAUUUACUCCAUACAGUUGGACUGAUUUUGAUUGGAAGCCAUUUACAAGUUUAACUCGAUGGUCAUCCAUGAUUGUUCUUAUUGCUAUAUUCCUGAUAGCUGAACUUAAUACAUUCUAUCUGAAAUUUGCUCUGUGGAUUCCACCUGAACACUGGCUGUGUCUGGGACGUUUAGUUUUCGUCCUGUUUAUGGGAGCUGCUGCUAUGAGAGAAACGUUCCAGUACUUGGAUGAUCCGAAUUGUAAAAAAUUUGGACGUCAGUCAUGGUUGAUCGCUUCCAUUAUUAUCACAGAAUUCUUAAUCAUUGCCAAGUUUGACUGGAAGACGAUAAGUAAGCCACUGCCCCAACCUAUCGCUGCCAUGUGGAUUGUGGGAUUAGUGGGAUUAGUCGUCUACACGAUCUGGAAGUUUUAUAUCAAACGAGACGUAAAGAAUGAUAUUCCGGAAGAAAUAAGCAACAACAACAUAGCAGAAGUUCCAACUCCAUCCCAGAAAGCUUUGCAUUCCUCACAUAAUCUUAGGUCCCGUAAUAAUAAAAAUGGUGCUAUCCAUUGAUUAAGCAGCCAUGACAUAAAAUACGUUUGGUUAAAUGCUGAGAAAAUGCUGUGUUAUUUGUUAAAUUUUGUUACGCUGUGGUUGUUUAUUUAUGUUGGUAAUUAAGAGUUGUUGUCCUUGUUUUUAGUCACACUGAUCUAUCACACUGCUACCAAGAAUAAUUAGCUUAAAAUUUAAUUUUGUGACUUUUGUAUUGAAGCAUAAAGUUUAUGAACUUUAUUGGAAUAUAGGGCUUUAAUUUAACUUGUUAACAUUGUUGAUAAAUAUAUUAACAAUUAAGUCCAACUGAACAUGAGUUUUAUAUUGGAAUAUAGAGUUUA